AUGGCUGGUAAAACUGUGAAGAAUGUUAUAAGCUUGAAUGCCUUGGUGGACAAGGGGAGCAACACAAUUAUCUUCAUAGAGUCUAAUAAUGAUUUUAUUGAUGUUCUCUUCAGUUUCUUGACAAUACCAAUGGGAAUUGUUAAGCGUGCCGGUAAACAUUCAGUACCGUUGGAAAUAGGUUGCAUGAGCAAUUUGUACGCCAGUGUUGCGAAUAUCGAUGUUCGGCAUUUCCAGACUGAAGCAUGUAAAGAGAUGUUGCUAUGUCCCCACAAUGGGGCUGAAUCUCAUUGCAAAAACCUCAAACUGAAAAUUGACAAUGAUGAGCCGACAAGGUACUUUCAUAUGAGGGAUACCUCUUUCAAAGGGUGCAUUUAUCAGUUGCACAAAUGUGUCAAAGAUCCUGAUGAGCAUCACCUGAAGUCAGAUUACCACAGGGAAAUUCCACUGAGUCCUAAGAUUUAUCCUAGGUUUUGCUACGAGAACCGUCUUUUAGGAAUUGAGGAUGGCCCGAGGGCCUCAUAUUAUUAUGCACAUUGGCCAGUGGAUGGAUGUUGGCGGGAUAUACUGGCUACUGAUAAAACACCCAUCGCUUUGAAUGCAGUGACACUUCCACUCAAAUUGAAGCAUGAUAAAAGUACUCAAGGGUAUUUGAAAGCAUCAACGGCGUUCAUGGUAACUGACAAGCUGAUCAUAAGGCCUGCAUCUCCCUUCUUUCGCUUUUCGAUUAUAAAUGAAUUGAAGGUACCUUUCACUGACAUAAAGGAGGAAACUGUUGAGGUUGGCGAGGAGGAGGCUUUCCGUCUUUUGGUGGCUACUUUUCUUAGCGACUUUGCUCUAACCGAUGAGAUAAGUGAGAGAUUCAAGAAGAUGAGGACAAAGCAAACAAUGCUACACACAAUGAGUCGUAAAGGCUAUGCUUGCCUCGAAGAUGAGAUGAGAAAAGCAAGUACAUCGCCUGAUAGCAUAACAAGAGGAGAUGUAUGGAUUCGCGAGCAUACAAGGAAAUCUGGUGGAUUUUUAAACGAAUAG